AUGUCUGUGAUCACCUAUACCAACAAUUACUCCCAAGUAUUCCACCACAAAGGUGUUGACGUGAGCCCUGAUGAGCACGCCGCGGCGAGAGUGCAAGAAUACCGAGUGGCUACAGUCGAGGCAUGCAAGCAUGACCCGGAUGUGGGCCAUAUUCAGUAUGGUACGGUAACGGGUGAUGGUGUUGGUAAUCAGUGGGCCAUUGUCUUUAAUGAGGAGAAGUACAACAUCAUCGUUCAUUAUGAUGAUAAAACAAAGACGUUCGGGAAGAGGACGAGGAAGAUUGGGUACACCUUGCAAUUGACAGUUGUGCAGGAAUGCAGGCCAAUGUUAGGCAACGCUGGUGACAAGCCUCCUCGCCGUAUUGGGGUUUCCUUGGUUUAA